AAUUGAAAAACAUGGAAGUCCAACUGUCCACAAUCAUUUUCUUCUUUAUCACAACGAUAUUAGUCUUACUGACUUCACCAACCGCCAGCCAAAUUACAUUCCCACCAACCGCCAGCCCAGCAUUCUCACCGAUCUCCGACGAAACCGAUUACAUUCGUACUAGCUGCGAAACGACUCGGUACCCCGAAAUAUGCUUCUCUACCCUCUCAAACUACUCCUACACAAUCCAUCAUGACCCGUGUCGUCUUGCCAUGAUGGCAAUCCACGUGGCUUUAUCAAAAGCAACCCACAUGGCAAACUACGUAACGAACAUGUCCAACCAAUCAUUAUCUAUCAACACGACAGAAUCCUUGGCAAUCCAAGACUGUUCUUCGGUAUUUGAAGACGCGGUGUACGAAAUAAAAAAAUCACGCAAAGAAAUGAAACAUUUGGGGUGGUCCGGAGAGUCCAUUAAGUUCCAGCUCAGCAACGUGCAGACGUGGAUGAGUGCGGCUUUGACUAAUGAAGACACGUGUAUGGAUGGAUUUGAAGAUGUGGCAGAUGAAAGUGAGAUGAAGAAGGAUGUUUGUGAUCAUGUUGUUAAGGUUAUGCAAGUUACAAGUAAUGCUUUGGCGUUGGUCAACCAUUAUGCGGAUAAAUAUUCCGGUAAUUAAUUAACUGCUUAAAUUAUUUAUAUAAGCGUGUACGUAUUGAGUGAAACAAUUUAUUUUGACAUAUAUUAAUUUGUACUGUAUAUGAUAUGAUAUAUGAUGAUAGUACAUUAAAGUUCUAAAGA